AAACAUUACGGUGUGCUGAGUUGGAUGACCUACUUAGGAUGCUGAAUUUAUCUCAUUCUUAUCAUAACAAUCCUACAAGCAGAAUGGCCUAUCCGCCAUGCAAGAUUAAUCCAAAGUUUCUACACAGUAACUCAACCAGCCACACUUGGGCAUUCAGCGCCAUAGCUGAACUCAUUGACAAUGCUUACGAUCCUGAUGUUAGCGCUUCCAGACUUCUCAUCGAUAAGGUCGACAUCAAUGACACCACCUGUCUUUUGUUCCUGGACAAUGGGGCUGGAAUGGACUAUGAAAAACUUCACAAAAUGCUCAGUUUUGGAUUCUGUGAAAAGGAUAUUUAUGAGACCAAAGGCACUUACAAGCCUAUUGGACAUUAUGGGAAUGGCUUCAAGUCUGGCUCUAUGCGUCUUGGAAAAGACGCGCUAGUUUUCACCAGAUGUCACGAAUCUGCCAGUGUUGGCUUUUUGUCUCAGACUUACCUAGAGCGUUCCGGAGCUGACUGUGUUGUGGUGCCAAUAGUUGAGUACACUCUUCCAGACCAUAUCCUUUUACAGAAACGCAGUGAUAGUUUGGACACAAGAAACUGUCUGAAAGCAAUCCUGGAGUACUCAAUCUAUAAAGAAGAAAAGGAGUUGUUAGAUGAACUGAAGAGUUUGGGAAAUUCUAUUUCAGGAACUAAAAUUAUUAUCUAUAAUUUAAAGUUACAAGAUGGAUCAUUAGAGCUAGAUUUUGCAAGUGACCUAAAAGAUAUUCGAUGCCCCGAAGUUCACAGACAGGAUACAGAUAGUUGGGAAGAUCGCACCAUUGCCGCUCAAAUUUCAGAGUACAGAACAUCAUUAAGAACAUAUUGUACAAUUCUGUUCCUUCGUCCAAGAAUGCAAAUAAUUUUGCGAGGUGGCGUUGUUAAAUCAAGGCUUGUUGCUAAAUCUUUACAUAAAACAGAAACUGAUACGUACAAACCUAAUUGGCUGGACAAACCUGUAAAGAUCACAAUUGGUUUUUCCUGUGAAAAAGAUAAAACAGAAGAUUAUGGCAUGAUGCUGUACCAUAAAAAUCGACUUAUAAAAGCUUAUGAAAAAGUUGGAUAUCAGAAGCAACCAAAUGACAAAGGUGUGGGUGUGGUGGGUGUGGCUGAAGUUGACUUCUUAACACCAACUCACAACAAACAAGAUUUUAUUCCUGAUGAUAAAUUCAGGUCUGUUAUGGGAGCAUUUGGUACUAAACUAAAUGAUUACUGGAAUGAAAAGAUGGAAGGUGGUGACCUCUCUCAAACCUCAAUGACUGAAAAGAAUCCUGAUUGUCUCUGGGCCCAGUGUGAUCAGUGCCUCAAGUGGAGAAGACAACCUCCUGGGACUUUGAAGGAAAAUCUCCCAGAUAAAUGGUUUUGUCGAAUGAAUCGCGAUGCAACACACAACCGUUGUGAUAUUGCAGAAGAAGCUGAGGAAGAAGAUGAGACUGUGGUUAGAAAAACUUAUAAGAAAACUCACAAAUCUAAAAUGAAACAGACAAAGGAGAAACAGAAAAAGGUUAUUCAAUCCAUUCUCAAGCAAGUAUCCCAAGAACAUGAAAACCCAAGCUCUAUAAAUAACCUGAAAAGAUUAAGUAACAUGGAAGAUGAUGAAUUAAAGGACCACACUCCAAACAAGAGAACACUGAGAUCAUCUGACACUAAACUUAUCAUUUCUCCUUUUUUCAACAAAAAACUGCAAGGUUCUACUCCAGCAGGGACCAGUGAUUUUGAUAGUUGUGAGGCGUCUAACACAACAUCAGUAACAAACUUACUGGAACGCUUAGAAGAGUCAGCCUCUGAAAGAAAUCUGUUGGCUUCACCCUUGGGUUCACAGGAAAGCUUAGAAGACCUGGCAACUGAAGGGGCCAGAAAGUUAGCUAGAACUGUAGAGCCAGACGAGAGUUUGGGAGAAUAUCCCAACUUGACCCCAGCUUCACCAGCGGGAAGCUUGCCACACUCUGAAAGUUCAUUGGAAAGUAUUACAGCUAUAUUUAAAGAUGAAAUUUCUGAGAAAGAGAAUACCAUUGUUAAAGUGAAUCUAGAUGACCAACUAAUUGGGGAAGAUAUGGAGGAUGAUCAGCAGAGUGAUGAUGCGGAAGAAGGUGGCACGGACAUAUCCUUGUCAAAUCAUUCACAAGUGCUAUCACCUGCUAAAACAAGCUGUGACUCUUCACCAACUUUACUAAAUUUGGGACGGGGGACUCUGUACAGGGGGCAGGCUGCAACAGCUAGCUCUUCAACAUCAAGAAGUAGUGUCAUGGAUGUAGAGAGAAGCUUAAUGGAAACAGAAUCAGAGAAAAUAACAGAACUAAAAACAAAGCUGGCCCUGAAGGACAGCAUUAUGGAACAAAUGGAGAACAGGAUGAGGAAAUUUGCUGAUAAUGUACAUCUUCUGUUGAGGUUAAUCUGCCCUGAGAACUAUGAUGGUCAGGUAGAUAAACUGGAAGAGACAGUUGAAUAUAUGAUCGAGGAGCUCAUGCCUCCUGAUGAUAAAAAUGACAUCAAGACAAUGAUUAAUGUAAAGCCAGUCACCAAAGCAACAACCAAAGACUCAACUGAAAACAAAUGUUCUGUCAGUUAAAUGUUUAGGACCGUUGUGAUACAGAAUUUAUUUUUAGACUGUUUUACUAUUUGACUUAAAACAUAAUUUAAAUACAUUGAGUCAGAUGAAAAAUCCCAUGUUACCAAGUUAUUUUUCACUCCAUGGAACAUCUAGAUUCAUUUUAAUUUUACAUUGCCAUCCAUAGAUGGUGGACUUAUUUUAUAUACUACUAAUGGAAAGAAAUGUUAUGUAGCUUAUAACCUUCAAAUUUUCCAAGUAUUGAUUAAAUACAGAAUUUCAUUUUUUAUGGAAUUUACUAUUAUAUUAAUGCUUAAGCUUCAUAUAUUUAAGUAAUCUUUAUUGCAUUUCUACUUUGUUUAAACUUCAUAUACAAGACUCGUUUUAUUUAAUUUUAUAUGGACGUAAUUUGUUAAUUUUGCUCAGGUUUUAUUUUUAGUGAUUUCUGUUACAACUUAUACAAAUGCUAUACAUUUAUUCUUUUUUAAUUAAAAUUGG